UAUGACGUGACCGGCGCGCCGACCGCCUUCCUCCUCCAACAACAUGGCGCUGAUGUUGCUGCCGCUGAAAUGCGGCAUUCACUUCCAAAGACGGAAAUUAGCGCUUCUCCUUAGACAGGCGAGCUCGUAUCACAGUUGGAAUAAAAGUCGCCGUGAAACUCGGACCGACGGUAAACGCCAAAGUACAUAUCUGCUGAGUUCCCCAUCACACCUACGGACAGCAACAUGGACUACAAACAGGAGCGAAAACAGUCGUCAAAUUUUGGAUGCGGUAAAACAUUUGCAGAUUACAGACAAAAGAUCAUGUUGGCAUGGAAAUGCAGGAGGAAGGCUAAAUGCAGAUCCCAAAAAUGUGCUGAACGAAGUGAAUUCAACCCAGAUCCUGUCUGCAAUGCUGUCUUACGUUUGGCCAAAGGAUAGACCAGACCUGCGGCUCCGUGUUGCCAUCUCUCUGGGCCUGCUUGCUGGAGCCAAGAUGACCAAUGUGACAGUGCCCUUCAUGUUUAAGUAUGCAGUGGACGAGCUUAACCAGAUGUCUGGACACAUGCUGCACCUGAAUGACGCGCCAAGCACUGUGGCUACCAUGGCAACGGCCAUGCUGAUUGGCUAUGGCGCGUCAAGGGCUUGUGCAGCCUUCUUCAACGAGCUGAGGAACACUGUGUUUGGCAAGGUGGCCCAGAGCUCUAUCCGACGCAUCGCAAAGAAUGUCUUUCUCCACCUGCACAAUCUGGAUCUGGGUUUCCAUCUCAGCCGCCAGACGGGAGCGCUGUCCAAGGCCAUCGACCGCGGUACACGGGGCAUCUCAUUUGUCCUCAGUGCACUCGUCUUCAAUUUAGGACCCACAGUCUUCGAGAUGGGCCUCGUGAGUGCCAUUUUGUAUUACAAGUGUGGUGCACAGUUUGCAGCAGUGUCCUUGGGUACCUUAUCAGCAUACACCCUCUUCACCAUUCUCGUCACUCAGUGGAGGACUCGUUUCCGAAUAGAAAUGAACAAAGCAGACAAUGACGCCGGCAACGCAGCUAUUGACUCCCUCCUUAACUAUGAGACUGUUAAGUACUUCAACAAUGAGAAGUAUGAAGCUGAAAAGUAUGAUGGAUACCUAAAGGUCUAUGAGUCAUCCUCUCUAAAAACCACAUCCACACUCGCCAUGCUCAACUUUGGCCAGAGUGCCAUCUUCAGUGUCGGCCUCACUGCCAUCAUGGUGCUGGCCAGCAAGGGCAUUGCAGCAGGCACGAUGACCGUGGGAGACCUGGUGAUGGUGAAUGGCCUGCUCUUCCAGCUCUCCCUCCCGCUCAACUUCCUCGGCACGGUGUACCGAGAGACCAGGCAGGCCCUAAUAGACAUGAACACUCUUUUCACCCUGCUCAGCAUCGACACUAAGAUCAAGGAGAGGGAGCUCGCCCCACCGUUAGCCGUCACACCACAGGAUGCCACCAUCCGCUUCGAGGACGUCUAUUUUGAAUACCUGGAGGGCCAAAAAGUCUUAACAGGAGUGUCCUUCGAAGUGCCUGCUGGGAAGAAGGUGGCUAUAGUUGGUGGCAGCGGGUCAGGGAAGAGCACCAUCGUGCGGCUGUUGUUCCGCUUCUAUGAGCCCCAGCAGGGGAACAUCUACAUAGCGGGGCAGAAUAUCCGAGACAUCAGCCUUGACAGCCUGAGGAGGUCUUUGGGGGUCAUACCUCAGGAUGCCGUUCUGUUCCACAACACCAUCUUCUACAACCUGCAGUAUGGGAACAUCAAUGCUACUCCAGAGGAGGUGUACCAAGUGGCUCGUCUUGCAGGCAUCCAUGAUGCUAUCCUCAGGAUGCCCCAUGGCUAUGACACCCAGGUUGGGGAGCGGGGCCUGAAGCUGUCAGGGGGGGAGAAGCAACGUGUCGCCAUCGCCCGUGCAAUACUAAAGAAUCCACCCGUCCUCCUGUAUGACGAAGCCACAUCCUCCCUCGACUCUAUCACAGAAGAGAACAUCCUGACUUCGAUGAAGGAGAUGGUGAAGGACAGGACGUCAGUGUUUAUUGCCCACAGGCUUUCCACAAUCGUAGACGUAGACGAGAUUAUCGUGCUCAGCGAGGGUAAAGUGGCAGAGCGAGGAAACCACCACGCCCUCCUCAGCACCCCUGGCAGCUUGUACGCAGAGCUGUGGAACACCCAGAACAGUAAGAUCCUCAACAGCAACAAGGGCUCGCCCGAGCCUCCGGCUGAGCGUCUAUCCCAGAAGGAGGAGGAGAGGAAAAAAUUGCAGGAGGAGGUCCUCAACAGUGUUAAGGGCUGUGGAAACUGCUCCUGUUGAGAGGAGCUGCCACCUCCAUGUCUCUACAUCCCUCACAGAUGGCCGACACUGGAAUCCCUGCUCUGUGCGGCAUUUGGGAGGGAGCGGAGUAGGGGUACAUCCCCACUACUCACUCAAGCCAAGCCCCCACCCAUGUGACUAUCCCUCCUCCUCCUCCUCACAUGAAUAAAGGCCACUGCUCGCCAACGUGAAGGAGGAGCAGAACAGGGAGCAAGUGUGUUUAGCACUGGCUGUUGUCCAGAGAUAGAGCUUCUAUGCCAGUUGUCUCAGCUGAAGCCAAGCAUAAGAGACCUUGUAUAUCACAUACGUGUCUGUAAGACAUCUGUUAGUCAACAUGGUUGCGCCCCCCCCUCCUCAUUUUAGACAUCAGGUUUAUUGACAUCUUCCACUGCACUGGGAACAGAUGAGAGUACACGUAAUGACUUACAUAUGCCUUGAUAUUACAAAAUGUGUUUUAAAUUUAUUUUUUAAAAUUAUUUUCAAAAUAAAUUCAACCUAAAAGUAGCUUUUUUUUUUACAUUGGGUAUGUGCAUAUAUCUUAUUUUAUUCUGCGAUUUAGUUGAAUUACAGAUUAUUUUGCCGUAUGUGCUGGACUGGUUCUGCAUCCAUAAUGUACAUUGCACAUGACGUUUUUAGUGCAUGUUCUAAAAAUAUGAAAUAUGGCAGAUAAUCAAGUCUUCUUAAUUCUACUCACAAUAUAACAUGAAGCUUUGGACUACUGAACAUGCUUAAUAGCUCCCCUGUGAAGUAUGUCACAUUCAUGUAAAUAUAACACACUGAGAAUUAGAAGAAGUAACUAAUAAAUCAUGAUUGAUUUUCACUACAAUAGGAGCCACAUUAAGAAGCAACAACUUGAAAGUCUCCUCUGGGAACAUUUCACUAUCAUGUCUUUUAGCCUUGGUUGACGGGCCCCUUGUAAUGAAAAGUUACAUUUUAACAUUGCUAAGACCGCUUUUUGCAUUGUAUGAUCAGAAUACAGAAACUUCCUCUUGAAGCUUAAAUGUAAAUGUUAAUAUUUAAAAACUGGCAACACACUUAUGUCCUCAUUUUUCUGAGGGUUGUUUUUGUCUGUGAUAUUCACAUUUUGUUAGGAACCUUGAUAGGUUGUUCUAACUACAAAUGAAAAUAUUAGUCUUGUAUGACACAAUGUAAAGCCUGUUUCAUAGUAUUCUGGAUUAUAUUGUCUGUGACUACACUGCAGCCAGACAAAUAAACGUUUUCUUUUGUCUAAAUAA